AUGAGUUGGUCGGAGAGUAUCCGUCCGGCCCCGGCAGGCCGCAAGCCGCUGGGCAAGCUGGCGGCGCGCCUGGAGGAGCUGAAGAGUCCGUGGAGGCAGGUGUCGUCGCUGGAGCUCAGCCACAACGAGGCCGCCCGCCUGGCCACCGACGCUUUGCUCGAGCACGGCGAGGUCGAGUACCGCCGCGUCCUUACCGAGGAGCGAGAACUCAGUUUUCUGUCGGAGGACGAGAUCGGCUACAUCGCGCGUCACCGAGACCCGGACCCGGAGCGGGUUCGGGACCCCGACAGCAACGGCGCCGAAAUCGGAGGGGCGAGCGGGACCGGCGGCCCGCUGCUGCCUGCAGAGGGUCAUGACGACGACCGCGACGAUCUACAGGCCGAGGCCGAAGCGGGUCAAAGCGACGCCGGCGACGUCGUGUCAGAGCUGACCUCCGGGACCUACUUCCCGACCAUGACCGACGAGGAGCCGCCCGUCCUGGAACUCGGCUGGCCGGAAGCCCCGCUCAGGUACGGGCCCUCGGAAACUCAGAUCUACUUCCAGCGGGACAAGAGCGUCAACGUCAAAGACAGAAUUCGCUCGCUCAUCAAUAAGGCCAAAAAGGUGAUCGCGUUAGUCAUGGACGAGUUCAGCGACGUAGAUUUACUGUGUGACUUGAUGGAAGCGUCCAGCAAGCGCAGAGUGCCCGUCUACAUCCUCCUGGACCACAAGAAGCUUCACCUCUUCACGGACAUGUGUGCCACCCUCGACGUACACAGCGUUAACUUGAGCAACAUGCGGAUCCGCAGCGUGUGCGGCGACACGUACUGCGCCAAGAGCGGCAGGAAGUUCAGCGGGCGAGUCAUGGAAAAGUUUCUCAUCAUUGACUGCGAGGAGGUCAUCGCCGGCUCUUACAGCUUCACGUGGUUGGCGUCACAAGUCCACAGCAACGUGGUUCUGCACUUCUCGGGCUGUAUCACAGAGAGCUUCGACCGCGAGUUCCGCUGCUUGUACGCCGACUCUCAGAUCAUUGAGUGUUUUUACAACGACGAAGAUGACGAGGGGCUCCCAAAUUUCCCGGCGUACCGGGCACCGCUGAUCCCCUUGGCGCCGCUCGUCAAGGCCAACCUGCUUUCUGAGAAGCAGAGGCCCGCCUCCGAUGACUCUAGCAGCCAAUCAGGCAGCAGCUUGUCUAGUGUAAGGGCGGCGCCCCUUGCCACCUCCAACCCGGUCUACAAGGUGACCCGGGGCCAAGAGAGAGCCGAGCUGCCAGACUCCCUCCGGGGCCAGAAGCCGGUCACGCCGCGGCCCUCCUCCAAUGGCGGAACCCAUCGCAGCCCACACUUGGAGCGACGCGCUCCGAUAUACGGGCUGGAUCGAAGCAAGUCCAAGCUGCCGGUCGAGGGGGUCUGGUCCCACCGCGUGGGCCCAUCGUCUAAGUUCCAGCAACUGGGCAUGUAUGAGCAUAAAGUCCACAUGUUCCACGCCACGGCGCCGCCGCCACGCCUGCACCGGAGCCACACCCCGCCCCCACUGGUCCAGGACGGCAAACUGGGCCUCAAGCACAGGAGCUCGUCCAAUCAGUUCCUCCACAAACUGCCAGACUUCUUCAUUCCUCCGGCGGCGGUGGGCAGAGACCACUUGGCUAGGUCGGCCUCACCUCAGAGCACGGUGGCAUGGGGGGGGGCCGACCUCUCCCAGAACGAACCCGUGAGCCGGCAGGCGCCGCCUCCGCCCCCAUUGACGGGCAGCCGGGAGCAAAGCACCGGCGAGCAUGAGCAAAUCAACCGGCAUGACCAGAAGCGCAUGACUCUGGGCCACAGCAAGCUAGAUCUGGUCAACCAGUACAACAAGAUGAAGUCUAAGCAGGUUUACAGUCGCUUUGAGCUAAAGAGCUCUCAGUGA